UGCAGAUCCUCAAAUGUAAAGUUUAGAGAAACAACUGGAAGAAAUUUUUAUCAAAGAAGCAUACUAGCAAAGCAUAAAUGAAUAAUAAUCAAAAUAAGGAGACGUAAGGCAAAUUCCAAAAAGUUGUAGAUUCUGUGUUGACUUGUUGCUUCUAUUCGGUGGAGGAAAGAGAGGAAGGUGAGCAAUGGAGGAGAUGAGCGCCUUGUAGAUCUGUUCUGUUGCUGCUUCUGUGAGGGGAUGAUCUAUUCUAUACUGCUUAUGUUCGAUCCGGUGGAGGAAGGAGAGGAAGGUGGGCAGCGGAGAUCAGGCCAGAGAUCAGGUUGCUUGUUCGGCGGAGAUCAAGUUGUUUGCUGCUUCAAUUCGGUGGAGGAGAUGAGGAGUGAGGAGGUAAGGCAGAUGCAAAGGUGUGACCGUGUGAGCUUGCUUUGUUGCUUUUGUAGUUCUGUUCUGCGUGGUGGAGGAGAUGAGAAUUGAGGAGGUGAGUCGUUGAUGGAGACGGAGUAAGGAAGGGAUCUGUCGAUUUCUACCUCUGUUUCUGUUUCUUCUGCUUUGCUUUUGCAGAAUAGUUUUUGUUUUCACUUUUUCAUUUUUGACCUGCUAGUUUUUUUAAUUUAAUCUCAGUUUAAGUUUAAGUGUAAGUUUUUUUUUUUUUUAAUAUUUUUGUCAUGAAAUCGGUUCGAACCGUUGUCUUGAAGGAGGAAGGAAUGAAUCUUACAAACGUGA